UUUACCCAUCACCUGUCACUCCCCGCGCCCGACAGCGGAUGUCCUUUCUCUCGCGCCUCAAUAUCCGCGCAGCCGUCUCCUCACUCUCUUCAACUAUGGCCCGCCCCACUCGUGCGGCAGCAGCCGCUGCGGCAGCCAAGCGAGCCCGCUCCUCCUCCCUCUCCGCCACGGACGCGGAGUCAACCCCUCCCCCUCCGAAGAAGGCAGCUAAGAAAGCAGCCACCUCGAAGGCCUCAGCCGCCUCAUCCAAGUCUCUAACCAAGACCACGCCGUCCCGCAAGUCCAUCGCCAAGUUCCCCCCGGCUGGCCUUGAAGCGCCGUACCCCGCGCGCCUCGGUCUCCCGGUCUUUGUCUCCGCCUCCGCCGCUCCUCUUGUGACGCCUCCCGGCGCCUUCGCGCCGCAGGUGAACGGCGGUCUUCUCAGCGCGGUUGAUGCCGCCGCACGCCCCCUCUUGAUCGGCGCGCACGUCAGUAUGGCUGGCGGGCCCGCGACAGCUCUUCUCCGUUCAGCCAAGCUUGGCGCGAACGGCCUCGCGCUCUUCGUCAAGGGCCACCGUACGUGGAAAUCCAAGCCGAUGGAGGAGGAGGCGAUCGAGAAGUUCCGCGAGAUCAUAAAGCCUGAGGCGGAGGGCGGCAUGGGGUAUGGGCCUGAGAGCAUCCUUGUGCACGGCAACUAUCUGAUCAACCUUGGGAACCCCGACGAGUCCAAGCGGAACGUUGCGUACGAGUGCUUCCGCGACGACCUGGAGCGGUGCCACAAGCUCGGGAUCAAGUUAUACAACUGGCAUCCUGGGAGCACUGUCGGCGCUUGUAGCAAGGAGGAGUCGUUUGCGCUCGUUGCAAAGGCAAUAAAUCGCGUGCAUAAGGAGGUGCCCGAGGUCAUCACAGUCAUUGAAAACAUGGCGAACGCAGGAUCAAAUAUCUUGGGUACAGCCUUCGCUGACCUGGCAUCCAUGAUCGCACUGGUCGAGGACAAAUCCCGUGUCCGCGUCUGCCUCGAUACUUGCCACACCUUCGCGGCAGGAUACGACCUGCGCACGCCCGAGACCUACGCUGCCACCAUGGAUGACUUUGACAAAAUAGUCGGAUUUCAGUACUUGGCCGGCAUCCAUCUGAACGACUCGAAGGCACCCCUCGGCGGCAACCGCGACUUGCACGAGAAUAUUGGGUUGGGUGAGAUUGGGCUCACAGGGUUCCGAGAACUGGUUCGAGACCCACGCAUGGCUGGCAUACCCAUGGUCCUGGAAACGCCCAGUGGCCCAGAAGACGGGGUCAUGUCUGAGAUUUGGGCGAAGGAGGUCGCGCUCUUCUACGAGAUUCAGGGGGUGAGCGACGGCGAGUGGGAGAGCAAGAAGGUGGAGAUCGAGACGCGUUGGCGCAAGGAAAGGGACGCGAUCUCUCCGCCCAAAGCCAAGCCCGCGAAGAAGACGCCGAGCAAGGCAAAGGGCAGGAGCAAGAAGAAGGAGAGCGAGAGUGAGGCGGAGGACUCGGAGUAGGCACAAGGUGUAGCAUACAUGCAUGGACGGCUGGGAAGUGGGG